AUGGCGCCAAUAUACAGUGACUACACCAAGAAGUCCCAGACACGAUGUCGUUCACACGACAAGGGCGAGUCUAGUAGCUGGCUCCAGCAACUGGUACUUGCGGCCUUCAAGUCAAAAAUCGAGAUCGACAUCGCUGAGUCAGUAUUGACUCUAAUCACGGACAGCGCAUACCAGACCGGCGGAGGCUUCGACCUCGUCCCUGAGGGCAUCCGGACGUUAAGUUCGAAGUUCGCAAGCCUGACAGAAAUAGAUCGAAGAGGAUUCUGGGCAGAGCGCAAGGAGUGA